AUGGAACAAAAUUUACUAGAGGGGAGACCAAAUGAAGAAGAAGCAACUCAUCAAGAACAAGAAAAUGGGAGUUUUAGAAUGGAGUCCUUAGGGAGGUGCUUGAGCAGCUUUGUCGAUGAAGGUAGCACAGAGAGCCACAGAUAUUAUCUCUCAAGAAGAACUGUGCUUGAGAUGUUAAAAGAUAGAGGUUAUUCUGUUCCAAGUGCAGAGAUUGACCUGUCUUUGCAAGACUUUAGAGGCAUUUAUGGCCAAAACCCUGAUAUUGAACUCCUCAAAUUUUCUGCCACUCAUGUGUCAGAUCCUUCAAAAAGGAUGAUGGUGAUAUUCUGUGGCCCUAGGGUGGUUAAAGUCAGCACGAUUCGUCUUGUUACGGUUCUGAUUCCUGACAGAGACAGUUUAACUGGUCUGAUAUUAGUCUUGCAAAACAACAUAACUAACCAAGCUAUGAAAGCUCUAGACCUUUUCAAAUUUAAGAUUGAAAUAUUCCAGAUAACAGACUUGCUUGUUAAUAUCACAAAGCAUAUAUUAAAGCCAAAGCAUCAGGUGCUAAGUGAGCAGGCAAAACAAAGGCUCCUGAAGCAGUACAGUAUAGAAGAAAAGCAGCUUCCUCGACUGUUGAAGAAAGAUGCAAUUGCACGAUACUAUGGACUUGAGAGAGGACAGGUGGUGAAGGUCACCUAUGAUAGUGAUAUUACCAGGAUGGAUUCUGGUCUCGCCUUCAAAAGCUCUGAACCUUCUGCAGAGAAUGAGGUUCAGCUAAGCAAAACAAAUCAGGAGACAAAGCAAAAACCUGCAGUAGCUGUAUGCCUUGAUCGGUUUUGA